AUGAUUUUUGUUUAAUUGUUUUUUUUAGCCGUGAAUGCCAUAAUGCCAAUGCCUAACUCAAUAAUAUAAGGUUAUUAAACAGCCAGAAUUUCUAGCAUAUGCUAAGUCAAAUUUUUUUCAAAUUAAGAAUUUCCAGAUCAUGUAAUAUAACUAUUACUUCAUUAUCAUGAAUUAAUAACCUAAGAUGAAGAUUGUGAAUUUGAGGAAUCUAUUUAGAAUACUAAUAUAAAAAUUGAAGGAGCUCUAAAGUUUGAGAUUAGUAUAGAAAAUUAUGAGCAAUUAUAUUGGGUUACAAGUACAAAAGAAGAAGCUUAUGAAUUACAAAUAGAUGAAAACUUAAAUGUGAAGAUAUAGGCAAAGAAUCAUUGGGGUUUAGCUAGAGCUCUUGAUACCGUAAAUCAAUUAGCAAUAAAUAAUGAAAUUUAGAAUUUACCAAUCUAAAUAAGUGAUGAACCAUAGUAUGUUCAUAGAGGAAUAAUGAUAGACACAGCCAGAAACUAUUUACCUGUAAAAUUAAUUAAGAGAACUAUUGAUGCUUUGGUAAUUAAUAAAUUAAAUGUAUUGCAUUGGCAUAUUACCGAUGAUGAAAGCUUUCCAUUACUUCUAAGUAAAUAUAGUUAAAUAACUAAUAAUUCUAAAUUUUGGAAGGAUGGGUUUUUUACAAAAAAAGAUGUAUAAGAAAUUAUAGAAUAUGCAUCAAUUAGAGCAGUUUAAAUCAUACCUGAAAUAGAUACACCAGCACAUGUACAUUCUUGGGGAAUAUCUCCAGAUUUAUAAUCAAUUGUGAUUACAUGUGAUACUAAUAUCAGAUAAUAUGGUUAAUUAGAUCCAACUUUAGAUUAAACAUAUGAAGUCUUAACUUCUAUCUUAUAAGAUUUAAAUGAUAUGUUUGAUAAAGUAUAAUUCAUUCAUUUUGGUGGUGAUGAAGCUAGUAAUUAAUGUUUUGAAUAAAAACCAUCAAUUAAAGAAUUCAUGAAUCAACAUGGAAUUUCCAAUUAUUUUGAUCUUUAAGUUUAUUAUAGAAAAAAAUAAAAAGAUAUUUGGAAAAAUUAAAUUAAAUCUAAAAAGAAAAUUAUUUAUUGGUAUAACAAAAAUGAUUAGCUUCCUGCAGAUUAAGAUGACAUUAUUUAAUGGUGGGGUCUUUCCUCUUAGCUUAGCGAAGUAAAAGGUAGGUCUAAUUAAUUCAUACUAAGCGAUUAUCAUCCCUUAUAUUUGGACACUGGAGUUGGAAAUGCUUUUGGGGAUAGAUAUGAUAGAUAUCAAGCCUGGAAAGAUGUUUAUAAAUGGAGACCAAGUAUUCCACGUAAUUUUGAAGGAACUAUAUUGGGGGGUGAAAGUCUACUUUGGGGUGAAACUAAUAAUUAAAAUACUCACUUUUAAAAAUUAUUUUUAAGAUCUUCAAUUUUAGCUGACACUCUAUGGAACCCAGACUAAAAGCAAGAUGAAUUGUUUCCAAAAUUCACAAAGAGAUUGAGCGACAUGGAAGAUAGAAUGAACAAGUAUGGUUUUCCUGUCUCUCCUUUUACUCAUAGUUAUUGUAAAAGACAGCUAGAUUUAUGUUUUCCAGAGCUUUAUUCAACAAAAUUAAAAUUGUUCUUCAUGUUUGUUUUAUUUUAUUCAAUAUGA